UUCUGCUAAAAAUCAAUGAAAAAUGUCAAACAUAUUUGGUUAGGACGCCCAAAGCGCAGUGUGUUAAAGGCAUGCCAUAUAUCCUGAACUACGAGCAAUAGACCCGCUUAGUCGAAUAGCGGUUAAUUAUGUGAAAGAAAAAUAGACGGUACUGACGAGACCCAAUAGAAGGACACGAAGCGCGAAAUAAUGGAUUACUGAUUUCCAGGUCAUGGAACAGGAAAAAACAAGCAAAAGCGAGGAGUCAACACUGGAAUGCCGGUAUGCGGUGUCGUCUUGGUAACUUAAGAUGACGAAUGUACCUCCAUAUUUCUUGUUAGCAUGCUUGUUCGUUUGGGUCAGCUUGGAAUUUAGGUGUGCUAAAGGUACCCCUACACCUCCCCUGCCAGGCAGUGUGACGCAAACUUUAUCGGUGGAUCCAAGUAUCUUGUUGAAUCCGACAGCUACUUAUUAUUCACCCUCAUCAAGCGUUUACGUGACGAUCAAUACAGGUUGUGGUGGCAAUCUAACCAAUCACAGUGGACAGCUAACACAUCCAGAAUACCCAAAGCCCAUUGCGAUCCCGAGUACGUGUACUUGGAGAGUAAAUCUCGACACAGGAAUGCGCGUUUCUCUGUUAUACAACUAUUUGGAUUUAAAGGGACAGUGUAGCGAGAAUUUCCUUGAGAUUUGGGAAAAGUCUUCCGGUGGCUCACGAACAUUAUUAAGAAGGUCAUGUGGAUAUCUAGAUAAGCCUGAACGACUCGUUACCAAGACAAACAGCAUUGAUGUUGUGUUUAACUCUAAUUCAUCGAUUUCUGGUGGCGGAUUUCUCGUCACCUAUUCAGUGUUCAAAGGAUGCAACCAAACGUUUGCCAACAAUAGUGGUGUUAUACAAUCACCUUAUUAUCCCAACGACUAUCCUCUGAAUAUCCAAUGCGCAUACACCAUCACAGCUCCUGCUGACCAUCAGGUAUCUCUGUCAUUGGAAUUUCUUGAUCUUGCCUACUCAAUGAAUUGUACAGAUAGCGUGCUGGAGGUCUGGGACGGACCUGUUGGUAUCUCGUCUCCUGUUGGUCGGUAUUGUGGCUAUCUGAUCAGUCAAUGGUUGAGAUCCAAAAGCAAUGUACUCAGCUUGAGGUUUUCCUCUAGUAUGGUGGGAAGUAGACGCGGUUAUAAGCUCCGAUACUAUGCUGUCAAAUCAGACUGUAACUCGACCAUGAACUCAACAGAGGGUUUUAUUUCUGCACCCAGUGAAAAUGGGCCUUGUUCCUGGACAAUUAACAGUAUACAAGGCCACGUGAUAUCACUCCGGUUUGACAGGUUUUUUCUAUCGUUGUCUGAAAACUGUUCACGUGACUACCUCGUGAUAAAAGAUGGUCGAUCAGUGAUUGGUCGAUACUGUGGGUAUCAAAAAGGUGAACUGGUUUACUCUAACGAUAAUUCUGUUACUCUCGAGUACUUCACCUCGAAGGUCGACGGCCAUGGUUUUCAGAUAUAUUACAAGACUUUUAUUAAACCUGAUUCGUACAACUACCUGAAUAUGUCAAGAGGCUAUCUCCAGACUCCUCUCUACCCGGACAAUUAUCCAAGUAACACAAAAUACGACUGGCUUAUCGAACAGCCAAUUGGCUACAUCAUCGACCUUGCGUUUGAUGAUUUUGAGUUGGAAUUCUCAGUCAAUUGCACCAAGGACUACGUUGAAAUAUUUGAUGGGGCCAAUAAUAGUUCUGUUUCUCUGGGAAAGUACUGUGGAACAAAGAAAACUAGUGAUCACGUGACUACAUCUGGUAACAUGAUGUACCUGGAGUUUGUAUCGAAUAGUCAACGACCAGCGAAAGGGUUUAAAAUUAGCUAUACUGGCAUAAGAAUAGACUGUCCAAAGAAUUUCACCAACUCAUCCGGAACAAUAAUGUCCCCAAAUUAUCCCGACUUUUAUCCAAAAAACUACCACUGCGAAUGGCAUAUAUCCUACAUGGUUGGCUAUCAAAUCUACUUGACGCUCUCUUACUUCGACGUAGCACCAACUGAUGCAUGCAUUGGGGACUACGUUGUUUUUAGAGGAUUAGCUGAGAACAAAGACGAUAGUCCAGAAAGACACUGUGGCUAUUUAGUGAAGAGGUAUCCAUUGGUAUCCAAGUACAAUACGAUGAUGGUUGCGUUCCAUACAGAUGGUGUGGAAGAGAAUAGAGGGUUUGUUCUGAACUACAAGGUGGAUGGAACAGGUUACCCUACCCCUCCUCGUUCACCAACAUCAAACGAAUUGGAACAAGCGGUUGUGAUGGAGUUGUACAAUAUCACCAAAUCAAAGUGGAUCACAAACAAAGACCUGGCAUUCAAAAAUUUAGUAGCCAAUGCAACUAAUAUUUUCUGCGAUGGGGAAAACGUGCCCUCGUGUUUUCUACUGACCAAAGAAAGGCAAAGGAGGUCAUUGGAUUCAAAAUUCACAGCACAAUCCAUCCAUCUUGCUCCUGGGUAUCCUAAAGCACGUGAUUCAGUUCUUGUGGUGGUACUUUAUGCUUUGUAUUCAAGUGACAUGAGAGUAGACACAGAUUGGACAUCUUCUGCCAUUCCAAAGAAUGCGUUAAAGCGUGCAAUUCUCGUCUCGAAAGAAUACAUUGAGUCUUCGUUUGGUACAAAAAUCAAGUCAAUAUCGUACUACGUGGACAUGAAUUCCACUUCAGCAACACCCGUUGUUCCUGCAGGACAACAGUCGAAUAUCCUCCCCAUUGUUCUCGGUGUCAUUGGUGGCUUCGUUCUGUUAUUUGCAGUUAUUUUAAGUACAUGCUUAUGUUGGCGUAAAAAGAAUCAUGGGAGAUUUAUGGUCAAACGAUGUGUGACUCCUAUAGAGUUUGUGGACGAAAACGAUGAAAUCAAACUUGAGAAAGUAAAAUCAGGCGAGCCUCAACCAGCAAGGAGACGAGCUUCAACACUCAAAGUUGUGGAUCUUGACUCUCUUACAGAUUAAACGAGCACAACCUUAUUGUUUUUUUAAACUAUAUAACUAUAUUCUGUAAAUGAGUAUUUACAGACUCUCCAUAGAUGACUAUGUAAAUGGUGACGAAGGCCAAUGAAUGAUGGCAUUCGUGUCUCUAUAAGAGCAUAGAAACACGGCUUUCAAGCGAAGGGCUGUUAUCAUUAAAAAAGCUUUUCUGCACGAGGUUCAAAAUUUUUCUCGUGUUUUCCCGCGUGUUUUUAAUAGAAAAUGAAAACAAGGAAAAAAUCUUUUAAUGUUUCAAAAAACAGUCAAUAAUUAUCAUGCACUGAUAUAUUUCGGCAAUUUAAAUUGUGUAUGGAAAAUUUAAUAAAACAACAUCAUUCAAGAGGUGAGCAGUUAAUGUCAUUGGGGACAGGGCAGGGAAAUUGGUUUAGUUAAGUGAUUUCUUGUUCGCAUUUGAAUGAAAUUUAAUAUAAAGACCGUACUCCGUUAUUCUAUUGGUAAAGAGAAAGUAAUACAACAUCAGUUUACUAAUGCCAUCAUUCAUUGGUAUUGUUGUUAACUAAAGAAAAUAAGUUCACUGUUUUUAGUUUUACACAUUUCAACCAAUCAGUGCGUUUGUUAUAUAGAAGUUUUGUAAUGAAAAAGAAAAGAAAGCUAUGCUAAUUCUUGAUGAAUUUAGAUUGACAUCAUACUAUCAAAUCUAUAUGUUAUCAAGUCUAUAUUGUUCAUAGUCUUACACAUAAUUCUUGACACUCUGAACUGACCUUAAGUAACGCAGAUCGCACUAGAGCAGAGAAGAGGGAGACAGUCUGCCCCUACUAACUAUGCCCUGUCCCAUGAAACUGUGGUGCCAUACUACUUUGUCCUAGCAGACCUGCAGAACUAAUAACACUGAAAAAUGAAACGUUUGGUAUAUCGAGGCACCCUGCAUCCCACCUGUGUGGAAGUUCCAUUCGUUCAAAUUCUAAAACCCUGUGGCGUAAUAUAUCUUCUUUUCCAUUUCAUGCAAUUGUUAUGCCAUAUGUUCGAUAGUUAGAUCGCGGUAACCGUCUGCCUCAAAAAGGCAGAUGUCUGCCGCUACCAAAUUAAAACACCUGCGCAUGAAUCAUCAGAGGUUGUAUUGGCUCUUCUGUUUAUUUCUUGAUAUUUCUCGUAGCACUGUGUCCACACUACCACGUCAUUAUACUCAUUUCUGAUUAAAAUCCGCACUGAGUUCGUUAAGUCUUUGUGUAAUAAAAUUGAUGACAUGUUCUUCAA